UUUAAAUGAAAAAAAAAAAUUAAAAAUAGCAUUUGUUGUAUUCUACAAAAGAUCAAAGUAAGAAUGUUUAAAAUAUUAACGAUUAAAAAUGAAGAUAAAAAUAACUCAGCAACUGGAACAUCAAUUUAUUCCCACUACUCAAAUAUUGAAUAUAAAAAUUUCUUUGCAAAUUUAAUAGUCUUCAGUUGAAUAAAAAUAUGCCAACAGCAUCACUGACCUAAAAUAAAUACCAAAAAUAAACAAAUAUAAAAUGUUAUUGAAAAAAUUAUCUACAAUAUUAUCAAGAAGUUUUCAUACAAGUGUAAUUUCAAGGUCAUCAGUUAAGCUGGCAUACAAAUUACACGAUGUGGAUUCAUCAAAAGACAAGCUGCCAAUUGUCAUAAUGGAUGGACUUCUUGGAUUCAAAGAAAAUUGGCAAUACAUUGGUCAUAAAUUGAGUGAAAAUACAAAAAGAAAAGUCAUCACAAUUGACACGAGAAAUCAUGGUGAGUCACCAACAACAGAAGUGAUGACAUACAAAUUGUUGGCUGAUGAUAUUAAGAGUCUGUUAUCACAUCUUGGCUAUGAAAAAACUGUGCUUGUUGGUUGGAGUCUUGGUGGAUCAACAAUGAUGCUCAGAACACUCUGUGAACCAUCAUCUGUUGAAAAGCUAAUUGUCAUUGACAUAUCACCAGUUAGAAUUCCUCCACUAGUUUAUACAUUUCCAGCUGUGUUUAAUUAUCUAAAAGAUUACGAUUUUUCUGGUUCUAAAAAUCAACAGGAUGCUGUUGAUAAGCUUGAUGUUUAUUUGGCAAAGAGAAUUAAUAAUCCAGCAACAAGAGAUUGGAUAACAAGUGGUGUUGUUGAAAAAAAUAAUGGAAUGUUUGGAUUUAAAUUUAAUCUUGAAUUGAUUAUUAAAAAUUUUGAAGCAAAUCUUGGUGAUUAUAUAAGUGCCAUUGAUGAGAAUAAAGCUGUUGAUAAAUUUGAAGGUCAAACACUUUUUAUUGGUGGUUCAUUUAGUCAUUAUAUUCCAACAGAAGAUCAUGAUAAAAUUAAAUGUAUUUUUCCAAAUUGUCAAUUUAGAUAUAUUGAAGGUGUUGGACAUUUUGUACCACGUAAUAAACCACGUGAAGUUGUUCAACUUGUAACUGAGUUUAUAAAUAAAUAAAUUUAUUAAUUUUUG